AUGUUCGCCGCGACCGCGCGCGCGGCGCGACGCGCGAUCGCGACCGCCGCGUCGCGCGUCGAUCCCGCGCGCGUCGCGACCCCACCCCAACGCGUCGCUUCGCGAGCGGGAGGCGCGCAGACGUCCGCAUCCGCGCCGUGGCGCGUCGCCGCCGCGACGAUGGCGUCGAUGCCGCUCGCGGUCGAGACCGGCGCGCACGCCGCGGCGUACCUCGGCGGCCUCCUGAACCCUCACGACAUCGCGCGCAUCGAGCACGACCUCGCGACGAUGCCGCGGUCGCGCAUCGAAGGCGCGGACGUCCCGCGCGCGGUCGCGAUGCUCAUCCCGCUGUGUCACGACGUCGACGGCGUGCCACACGUGAUCUUCACGUCGCGCCCGGACGACUUCGGCGCGCCGCACGCGGGGUUCCCGACCGCGCCGAGGAGCGUGCACGACUCGGGAGACAUCGCGGGCGCGAUCGCGAUCGCGCGCGAGGAGCUGGGACUCGGCGCGCCGCGCGGAGGAGGGGGAGGAGGAGGAGGAGGAGGAGGAGGAGGGGACCUCAGAGGCUCGGAGAAGGAACGCGGCGGCGCGGACGGCGACGCGAUCACCGUGCUGGGGUCCACGUCGGACGUUCCGUGCGUCGCGACGCAGCGCGCGGUGACGCCGGUCGUGGCGUACCUCGGCCGCGUGGACAUCGCGACGAUGCAGGGGCUGAACGCGCUGGAGGGGAAGUCGCCGACGAUGAUGGCGCUAAGUCUCGAAAAGCUGCUGUCGGCGGAUUCCGUGGAGGCGCGGCUGGUGCCGGGGAUCGGACCGAUGCCGGUGUUCAACGCGAACGCGACGCACGGGGAGAUGCCCAUGGAGGUGUGGGGGCUGAGCGCGCAGGUGUUGCACGGGGUGAUGCGCGUCGUCGUCGGCGCGAGGAGGGAGUACGUGGACGUGUUGUAUUCGCCGUUCACGAGGAAGAGCAGAACCGCGGGGGGAGGAGGCGGAGGCGCGUGA